CCAGGAGUGCGAUAUUUGAGAACAUUACCCUCUUCGUGAUUGCCCUCAAUGCGAUUUGGAUGGCUGUAGACACAAACUGGAACAAAGCGGACUCCAUCGUUGAUGCCCAUCCAGUGUUCAUUGUCGCGGAGAACAUUUUCUGUUUGUAUUUCACAGUGGAGUGGGUCAUUCGGCUCAUGGCUUUCGAAGAGAAGCUGUAUGGGCUCAACUCCAAUUGGUUUAUGUUCGACACGGUCCUCGUCGUCAUGAUGGUUUUGGAGACCUGGGUGGCUGUAGCCAUCUUGCUUCGGCGGAUUCUCGACGACGACAGCUUCUCCCUUGGCGACGUGGCGAUCCUGCGCCUCCUCCGCCUGCUUCGGCUCUCCCGGUUGGUGCGCAUGCUGCGGGCGCUUCCCGAGCUGCUGAUCUUGGUGAAGGGCGCGCUGCGGGCCAUGAAGACCGUGAUGUUCGUGAUAAGCUUGCUGUUCGCGAUCACCUACGUGUUCGGCAUCGCGAUGGUCUUGUUGUUGGAGGGCACCUCCGCUGGCGCCGAAAUGUUCCCCACCGUGCCGCAGGCAAUGUACUCGCUUCUGCUGUACGGCACGUUGCUGGACAAUCUCGUUUUCGUGUGUGCCAAGCUGGAGGAGUCCAGCGUCGUCGGCCUGGGGGUCUUCUUCAUAUACAUAGCUCUCGCCGCCCUCACGGUGCUCAACAUGCUGAUCGGCGUGCUUUGUGAGAUGGUGAGCUUAGUGGCGCACCAGGAGAAAGACCGGAUGCUGACCAUCCUUGCGGAGGAGAAGUUGGCAUUGGUGAUCAAAAAUCUUGAUCAGAACGAUGAUUUUCGGUUGUCAAAAAGAGAGUUCCUGGACAUCUUGGUGAACCCGUCGGCGGCGCAGGCUCUGACAGAUAUCGGCGUCGAUCCGAUCGGCGUCAUCGAUUUCGCCGACCUCAUCUUCUCGAACGAGGUGGGACAGGAGGCGGACCUGAGCUUCGAGGAGUUCAUGGAGAUCAUCCUGCAGCUGCGCGGAACCAACAGCAGCACCGUGAGGCACAUGAUCGAGCUGAAGCACAUGAUCGCGCAGCAGCUCGAUGACCUCACCAGAGAAGUGCAGGAGUACCAUCGUCACAUGGACAUUACGCACUCGUUUUCUCCAGCCUCGUUCAAGGGCGAUCCGGUGGACAGCCUGGCGAGCCUGCGGUCCGGCGAGGGCGCCGAGACGCCGUCGGGGCGGCCCAGCGCCGACGUGUCCGUCGCGCCGCCGGGUCGGAUGUCGCACUGCAGCGUCAAGGAUUCCUUCGCCGAGCCCAGUGUCGGCCACUUCCACAGCGCUCCGGACAAGCUGGUCGCUGAUGCGAGGCGGAAGAUCGGUCUGGCUAAGAUCGAGAUGUCUCAACCUUGGUCCAAGUGCAAGGGCUGCGGAAGGGAUGAAUACAACCAUGUCCUCCUGCAGCACGACAGGCGCUGCCGCUGCGGGCGGCAGGUGAAGCUGUACCAGCCGAAGACCAAGGGGGGUGACCAGACCUCGCAGGCCUUGCAGCUCAGCGUCGUGAACGGAGCAACCAAGCCGAGCACCGACGGGGGCAAGGGCAGCAAAGUGGUAGAUGAGAUCUCGCUGAUGGAGCAGACUCUGACUGCUACGACUGACCCGCUCCUCAGGAAGCUCCUCACCGACGAGCUGCAGAAGAAGCGCGAGGCUCUCCGCCCCACGAUGUCCCCCGAGGAGCAGAUCAAGCAUGCCUCGGGGGCUUGGAAAGAUGCUACGGUUCGCCAUGACCAAGCAGUUCAGGGCGUUCUCAAAGCACGCGAGAACUUAGAGAAGGCGGAGGCCAAGGAACGGGAGACGUCGCUCAUUCUCGCCCGCGCCGAGGAGGCGAAGAGGGCGGCGGCGGCCACCUUGGCCAAGCAGAUGGGCCUGACCCAGCCCGCUGCCACGCCAGCGGCGCCUGAGCAGAAGGUGCUGUUCAAGCUCGACAUAGACGACCAGUUCUUCCAGGAGCUCGAGAAGCUCGACUUGGAGGGCGACGAGCUUGCCAAGCUCAGGGACCUCGAGCGGCAGCUCCGCGAGGCCCAGCAGCUCGUGGAGGGCAAGCACACGGAGGUGAAGGACUGGCAGGCUCGCACCGCCGAGCUCAAGGCGGCCAUCACCGAGAGGAUGGCCAAGAAGAGGAAGGGCUCCAGCGGGGCUCCCGCGGCGGCUCCGCCCCAGCAGGGCCAGGACCAGGGCGCGACGCCCAGCGGCCCUGCCGCCGAGGCGACGGCGCCCGCGGAGUCCGAGGAGGACAAGCAGAAGAGGAUCGAGGAGGUUGCGGCGCGCAUCUCCGCGGCGAAGAUGGAGGCGGCCAAGGCCGCCCGUGCGGCAGCCAUGGCUGACGGCCCAGGGGCUGCCGCAGUGGGCGGCGGGCCCCAGUGA